UCAGCUGAAAAUAUGCACUCAGGAAUUAAGUUGCUGUACAAAUAACAUGGAAUACAAACUUGCUACGUUAGCUCGAAUCAAAUUUGACCAAAAAUUCAAGAAAAUUAUCACAAAACUGAAGAAUUUAUUUAUUGAACAGACAUAUGAAGUUGAUGAAUUUUUUAGAGAACUACUUAAAACCUCCAAGAGAGACUUUCAUGAAAUGUUUUUGAGGACUUAUGGCUUAAUUUAUGAUACAAAUUCAUAUAUAUUUCAAGAUAUGUUUGAAGAUCUUGAAAGGUAUUACAUGACGGGGAGAAUAAACUUAGAUAAAGCUAUGGUACAUUUCUUUCAAAGAUUAUACAAAAAGAUGUUUCAGGUGUUAAAUAGUCAAUAUCAGUUUAGCGAGUCAUAUCUAAAAUGUAUUGGUGCGUAUAUGGAUGAUAUGAAACCUUUCGGAGACAUUCCAGACAAAUUAACUGUAGAAAUCAAGAAAUCUUUCAUUGCAAUUCGAGCCUUUGUUCAAGCAUUAAGAAUAGGACAUGAAGUAGCAAAGAACAUGUUAAAAGCAGAAUUAGCUCUCGAAUGCAGUAAAGCUUUAAUGAAAAUGACCCACUGUUCUCAUUGUCAAGGACUUCCAUAUUUAAAACCUUGUGGUAAUUAUUGUUUGCAUGUAAUGAAAGGUUGUCUUACUUAUCACAUGGAAAUACAUUUAAGCUGGAAUGAAUAUGUAGAAUUGUUAUUAAUGCUGGCGACACGUCUGGAGAAUUCAUUUAACAUAGAAUCGGUGGUUGAUCCGAUAGACAUCAAAAUAUCAGAUGCUAUUAUGAAUUUUCAAGAAAAUGGAGCAGUUGUUUCUCGAACGUUAUUCGAACAUUGCGGAAAACCGAAAUUAAAAAAACGGAGCACAGAAGAAAAUCUCAAAUUUAAAACUAUAAAACUAAUUAAUCAAGAUAAUAAAACCCACACUUCCCAAGCAAAUAAAAAUAAUUUGGAUUAUUUAAUACAAGUCAUUAAGAAGAGAGUUAAACAGCACAGAAAAUUUUGGAUAGAAUUACCGCAGAAGAUGUGCAAAAGUUACAGGGCAGUAAAUUACACGCACCAAAGGAAAAGCUGUUGGAACGGAUUGGAAAAAGCGAGAUACGAGGGUGGCUUGAAUAUGGACGAAAUUGUGGAACCCAAAUACAGGCCUGAGAUAUCCGUUAAUAUGUCUCGGCAGGAUAAUAUCGUCAACCGUCAGAUCAUACGACUGAAAUUAAUAUCCACUAAAAUGAAACAGGCAUUCAAUGGACUGGAUAUUAACUGGGAAGAUUCGGAAUUCGAAUUGAAUUCGGGAGGAAGCGGAAACAGGGACGACAUCAUCGACGAAGAACGGGACGACGUUUCCGACGAAACGGACAUUGCUUAUUUCGAUUUUCCGGAUCCGGUUUUCUGGUCAACGCCGAAAUCGAUCCGUUCGGGCACCCCGGUUAACCGAGAGUCCACACUUUUAAUCAUCAUUUUCGUCGUCUUUUUUAUUUAACAAUUUUGCGUUGGAAACACGUUAAAUGUAAAAUGUUGUAAAUGUUUUUAUUAUUAUUAUUAUUUAAUUGGAUCCUUUAUUUCCAUCUUUUGUAAUAAAAUUAUUUUUAAACCGAUCGACUAUCAGGUUUUUGUCUUUGAUUAGGGACUUCCGAUACGUCUGUAUCAAAGUUGCUGGCCUACAAUAAUAACGAAUGACGCGCGUUACGUUCGUAACAACGCCGAGAAAUCGAACCCCGAACCUCAAUACAAUUUACGGUCGAGUCGGUCGAACUUUGACCCACAUCCGC